GUAUUUUACCUAAUUCUAACUCAUCAACUAUCGAAACAGCAAUCGAAGAACAACAAAAUUUAGAAAACAAUAAUUUAGAAGAUUUGUGGCAAAUUUUAGAAUCAGAAACUGCUAAUAGUAUUAGUGGGCUUGCUGCUUAUAUUAAUGAUAAUGAAAUUGUACUAACAGAAGAAAUGUUAAAUGAUAAACAAAUUAUUGAUCUUGCAAUAUGGUCUGUAGAAUUUGAGGAUAGUUUAAGUGAUGAAGAGCUAGAUUUAAUAAACUAUAAGGAUGAAAAUACUUCAUGGUAUGCAAUAUUAUUAGUUUGA